CGCAGGACUUCAAGGUGUCACUGGGUGGAGGGGCAGGAGGGGCAGCAGCGGCGGGGGGCGCGGGCGGCAAGAAGGCGCCGGCGGUGCUGCCCUGGUUCAUGAAGGCCACGGACAGCAAGUCCGCCCCGGGGGCCGCUGGCGAGGACGCCGCCUCCGCCGCAGCAGCUGACGGCGGUCAGGACCGGGGCAAGCAGCAGCAGCAGGCCGAGUACUUCAAGGACUUCAUGUCGUACAUGACCCGGCUGCAGGAGGAGAAGAAGGUGCUCCCCGGCACGGCAGCUGCCGCUAGCGCCGACCACAAGCUCAACAAGGCCGAGGUCGCCGCAGCGCCUCUGUCAGCAGCAGCAGCAGCAGCGGCCCCCGUUAGGGUCAAGCCUGAACCCGGGCUGGCGGCGCCAGGGCCCCUGUACGGCAGUACGGCAGCCGUCAAGCCGGAGCCGACCCAGAUGCCGUACACCGCGCCAGCAGCAGUGGCGGCCGCCGGGGGCCUCCUGGCGCCGGUUGCUGUCGCUGGCGUUAGCGGCGGGGGUGCAGGCGAUGUGGAGUGGGAGGAUGUGGGAGGCGGAGGUGGUGGGUUGUCCCCGGGCGCCCCGCUGCCCGGCUUGGCGGCUCCCGGAGGGCAGUCGCCGCCACUCGUUGGCUUGAAGCCAGAGCCCGAGCCGUUCCUCGGCGGCGGCUUUGGCGGAGCGGUGGCCCCCGCUGCCGCUACUGCCGGGAGCGGGGCAGUGGAUGAUGCGGAUGUGGAGUGGGAGGACGUGUGAGGCGGCGUCACAUCCCGUGCUGGUGCUUGUCACAAGCUUGCAGGCCAACACGAGGCCUCGACCAAGACUGGCGGCAGUCGUACCACGGUGAUAGGGCAGUAGCUCGAGGCCGCAGAGCUUUGGCUGGUUGUAGGUUGCGUUGGCUGCACUGCACUGCCCUCCGCACGCGAGCGAGGGGACAUGCAGGAGGCAAUGCGGAGUUGCGCUCUGUGCGGCUACCAGUGGGGCCCUUCUGCGCAGGUGUGAGGUAUGCUGAGCUAAGCUGGGGAUGUAGAGCUUUGGCUCUGUUAUGCCACUGUUAUGUUGGUUCCAGUUGCGGCAAUUCACGGUGCGGACAAAGGCAGGGCAACCAGGCUGUGUUGGGAGGUGGCGCAUGCACGAUUGGGAGGUUUCAAAGGGGCGCUGGCGCUCUGCAUGCUUGUGUGUUCCGAAUACUCGGCACGUUGCCACUGAGCAAGUCGUGGUGAGCUCUCUAGAGUAUGGUGACAAUGGAUGGGCGCGGUAUAGCAUUGGACAGUAAGGGUAAAGGAGGAGUUGCACUUGCUUAUUGACGUGGCUUCCUGUUUCGUCUCGCUUUUCCGGGCAGCUGUCCUCAUACCACGUGGUAUUUGCUGUGGCUGUGUGGGAGCACAAAAACCUAGGAUGCACGUUUUUGGUGCUGCGGUGGCGGGGUAGACGUGGCCAGAUACCCAUGUUGCAAGGAAGCCGUGAACACUGCCUUGAUGUCGUUACGUUCGUGGCCUUGGGUUAAAUAGUCUUCCCAAUGGACAUUAAAAUCUGGUGGCGAGAAUGGAUAGCAGGUUUGGUAGGGAGAGUUGCUUUCCCAUGAGCACGCGGGGGGCAUUAACGUUGGCCGGGCAUGCCUGAGGCAAACGUCGCCGACCUGCUUAACGAAGUUCGUGAAGGAGAUAUUUUGGCUGCGGUAGGCAAUUAGUACUCGCGGCCUGACGUCAAAUUUUGGGCUGUAACGGCUUUUGG